GCCUGCUUGCAUCCAGAAGCGCUCUCCGGCGGCUGCGUCAGCCGGGCAGUCCCGGAGACAAAGCGCCGCUGCUCCCGAGCGGUUUGCGGGCCAUGGCCGGGCCGACCCUCGGCCCCACGCCUCUCAUUCGGCCACCGCCCUAGGCCAGCGCGCGAGGUAUUUGUGCGGCACCUCCCACCUGGCAGCCUCUGGGGCUCAGAGGGGACCCCCACCCUCUUGCGGCAGUGGAAAUGACACUGGCCCGGUCACUAUGAAGCUGAACGAGCGCAGCCUGGCUUUCUACGCGACCUGCGACGCGCCAGUGGACCAUGCGGGCUUCCUGCACAAGAAGGGAGGGCGGCACGCGGCCUCGCACCGCCGCUGGUUUGUGCUGCGCGGCAACAUGCUCUUCUACUUCGAGGGCCCGGCCAGCCGCGAGCCGCUGGGCGUCAUCGUGCUGGAGGGCUGCACGGUGGAGCUGGUGGAGGCGGCCGAGGAGUUCGCCUUCGCCGUGCGCUUCACGGGGGCGCACGCGCGCUGCUACGCGCUGGCGGCCGAGAGCCAGGCGGCGCUGGAGGCCUGGGUGAAGGCGCUGUCGCGGGCCAGCUUCCACUACCUGCGCCUGGUGGUGCGCGAGCUGGAGCGGCAGCUGGAGGCGAUGCGCGGCCCGGGAGGUGACAGCCACGGCGCGGUCACGGCCCCGCCCCGGCGGCCCAGGGAGAACGGCUGCUGCUCGGCCGCGUGGAGCACCGAGGCCCCGGGCCUCGACGCCCGGCAGGCCCCCGGACUGGGCGCCCUUCGCCCAGCUGCACGAGUGGUACGGGCAGGAGGUUCGUCUGCUCAGGGUCCUGUGGCUCGGGGGCCAGGCCCAGCCCUGAAGUCACCGCAGCCCCAGCCCCGCGCCGGGCCCGAAGCCCUGCUCCAGGGAUAG